AGCUGCACCGCCUCCAUGGCGCUGCGGGCGGCGGUCGCUCCUCCGGCCGGUCACUCCCUCACCCCUCCAUGGCACCGCCGCUUCCGCCCGCCGCCGGAAGCCAGCGGGGAGCGCCCGGCCCGCCCGGGCAGAGAGGGGCGUUCCCGGCCCGGCGCGGGCAGCAGCGCGAUGGCGGCAUCGCCCAGCGACCUGCGCCGGGCCGGCAAUGAGGAGUUCCGCCGCGGGCAGUACGGGCCGGCCGCAGAGCUCUACACCCGUGCGCUGGAGCUGCUGGAGGCCGCAGGGGAGGCCGCCGCCGAGGAGCGGAGCGUGCUGCUCGCCAACCGCGCCGCCUGCCGCCUUAAGGACGGCGCCUGCAGUCUCUGCGUUGCCGACUGCAAUAGCGCUCUCGAUCUGGUUCCCUUCGGGAUCAAGCCACUCCUCAGGCGGGCAGCGGCGUACGAGGCUCUGGAGAGGUACCCGCAGGCCUACGUGGACUACAAGACGGUGCUGCAGGUGGACUGCUCCGUCCAGGCGGCACACGAUGGUGUCAACAGGAUGACUAAAGCCCUCCUGGAGAAGGAUGGUGUGAACUGGCGCCAGAAGCUCCCACCAAUCCCCACAGUCCCCAUUUCUGCCCAGACGAGGUGGAGCGCUCCUGCUGGAGCCCCUGGGGCAAACACUCCUCCUGCAACUGCACCGCAAAGAGAACCAGACAAGGCUGCUGCUAACUCGGAGAGAGCUCGCACUCUGAAGGAAGAAGGAAAUGAACUUGUAAAGAAAGGAAACCAUAAGAAAGCAGUUGAGAAGUACAGUGAGAGUCUGAAGCUCAACCAGGAAUGUGCAACUUACACCAACAGAGCACUCUGUUACCUAACUCUGAAGCAAUACAAGGAGGCAGUAGAGGACUGCACAGAAGCUUUGAGAUUAGAUCCUAAAAAUGUUAAGGCGCUCUACAGGCGUGCUCAGGCACUGAAAGAACUGAAGGAUUUCAAAUCAAGUAUUGCAGAUAUCAAGAGCCUGUUGAAAACUGAACCAAAGAACACAGCUGCACUGAGAUUACUGCAGGAACUGAACAGAGCCUAGAGUAACCAAGCAACGAGGAAAGCUUUGUUUUCCACCACAGAAGAAAGCUUUUUCCCUUCUGGUGUUGUUACAGGGACCAGUCUUAAUCAGGAUCAGUACUGAAAUCCAUCAUCCACUGCUGCUGAGAUGUAACAAGUUCUGUGCCAGCACAAUGAAUGUUAAGACACACAAUCUGUAUCAAACUCUUUAUUAUCUGGUUCUAAGAUCAUUCAGUUUUAAUGCCCCUCCCUCAGAGGCAUAUAGGUUAACUUCCCUGUAACCAUCAGCCUCAGGGACUCUUUUCCAUGUUAGCUAAGAUGCAUGUGACGUGGCUGUUCUCUUUCUGAAGAGCUGCAGAGAUUUUAUUUGUCCUUAUUCAGGUGACAGUUCUGCUGCAUUUGUGCUGCUGCUACUUAAAUGAGGUUGCUGCAGUCGCCCUAGCACCACGCACCAUUCUUAGAACAGGCACAGUUACUUGCAUAGGGCUGAGCUUGUUCUCUCUCCCAGUUGGUGCCUGCUGGCCCUCAGCUGAGUUUCUUCUGCUUAGUGUGGCUGGGCAGUGUUUACAGUAGCAACUUUCUUUUAAUUAAUCUGCACAUUUAAGGAGAUAGCAGCAAGUGAAGCCUGCCUUGUUACACUGUGCACUACUUCUUUAAGAUUAUGGGUGCUUGGCGAUUUUACAAUUGUUAUUUUGGGUUGGUUUCCUGUGUUUUGGGUUGGUUUUUUUAAACCACUCUAGCUCCUCUGUGCCUUUUGGAGCAGUUGCUACAUGGUGUUACAGGGAGGGGGAUAUGCAGUAACUUCCCAGUGAGGCCUGGCUUACUACUUUGAUGCAUGUUUAUACUUUUUGUGCUCUUCUGCUUAUCUGGUAUUGAUGGCACUGACUUGAAAUGGUAGGUGAAGAGAUACUUGGAGCUAUCCUGUAAACCAUUAAAACUGUUUCACAUUAAAGCCAUGUUUAUUUUCACUUUA